CCCAGCCUCAUGCCCUGGCAUAUGUGGCCCUGGAGAGCUGCGAUGCACCGAAGCCUCUCGUUAUUCCCCAAGUCGAAUCCCCAACUCAAAUGAAAUGGAGCACCUGAAGUCUCUAGGGAACUGGUGGCUGCGCCAGUUCGCUAAAGAGGAUAAGGAGACUGUUACAAUUCAAGCCCCUCCCCUCAAGCACCAGCUAAUCUCCGACAUCAAAGCUGAAGAUCUCGCCUCCAGUGUCUACAAUAAGUAUAUCUAUUGCGACCUGUUCUUCGAGGUGCUUGAAGACUUCGACAGCUCAUAUGGGUUCAAAGCCAGGGAUAUCUACAUCACUGAUUACACUCGUAAUCCUCUUAAUAAAUAUCAUCCGCUACACGAGGACUUGGCACUUAAAGUAUCUCUAUGGAAAUCAGAUCGAGAGCCCGAAAAGCCCGAAAUCAUCAUUGAAAAAGGAAAGUUGUAUCGUCACCGGAACCUUCGUGUCAAGCACAGUCCUCAAGGCUGUCUCGAAGGGAAAAUCAACCUUGGCUCGGAGUCAGAUAAGAUCUCCCGAAUUCCAUGGGUGUGCGAAAAUGAAAGAUUUGCUGCUUUCAAAGAGUGUGUCGGUCCUUUCAGUCUAGUUGUAAUGACUCACGAUCUGCAAUUUCAGGCGAAGAAAUGCUUACAAGGGAGUGAACAGUACUCCGAACGACCUCACAAGUCACGAGGAGUCUCAUCCCUCAGAACCGAACGGCUCGACGCUUUCUAGUUGCUUCUCAAGAAGUGAUUCACCCUGUCUCGACGACUCGUUCGCCCAAACGGAGCUGAGCCCGAGAUUCGUCAGAGAAACCAAAGAGGCUUCGUUUAAGGAGGCUUUGAGGGGUGGUCUUGGUGCCUUUCGGGUGAAGGCUAGCGUGAUCGACUUGUACCCGCAACAA